UAUAAAAUGGUGCUUGAUCUCCGUAGUAGUGUAUGAGAAGUGUAGAUUAUACAAAGCGGUCAUGGCUUUCUGCUAGUUCUCUUAUCAUUACAUUAGCGUCUUUAAAAUCAAAAACUUAAUAUUUUAAGAGUUUUUAAUUACAAUUGGAAUUAAAUUUUAUUAGUCCCAAUUAAAUGGCUUUCUCUUAUCGACAACGAGAACGCCUGGUCACACGUUGUCACAGAUGACGUGCUUUUCUGGGACAAAAAAACUUUCUUCAGUUAAUGUGGAAGCUAAGACUGAGCUUCGUGUAGGGCACUCGCUGAGGAGGUCCCCAGCACCAGGUGUGGAGCAGUAAAGCCAACUGCUCACUUACAAAAUUCAGUGAAUGAAAAUUAAUCUGGUUAGUGCUGCUUCAACAAAACCGGCAAGAUGUUGGAUAUCUUCCGCGGCCUCAAGAACUUCAUCAAAGUCUCCCAUGUCCACAUUGACUCCUCGGUGUUCCGUCUCCACUACUCCAUAACCGUGAUGAUUCUCUUGGCCUUCAGCCUCAUAGUCACGACACGUCAGUACGUCGGUAACCCCAUCGACUGUAUUCACGCCAAGGAGAUCCCGGAGGACGUGAUCAACACCUACUGUUGGAUCCACUCCACCUAUCCCUCGGCCUACAACAAGAGACUGGGUAUUGACGUGGCUCACCCAGGGAUAGAGAAAUCCCAGGAUGAGGAGGAGAAACGCUACGUCAAGUACUACCAGUGGGUGUGCUUCUGCCUCUUCUUCCAGGUGAGUUGCUCUUAA